UCUCUCCCUCCCUCCCUCUCUCUCUCGCCGUGGGCCGUGACGUCAGUGUAGGAAGUCAUUGUAGAGCAACACUGGAGCGAUUAGCAGCUAAAAAAAAGAGAAAAGAAAAAAAGAGGGGGAGUGUGAUGUUGGAGGAGUGAGCAGCAGCAGCAGCAGCAGAAGCAGCAGCAGAGUGUAUAUCUCCUCUCAACUUUUAACACAAAGUUCAAAAUCCACGCAGAAACUGAAGAGGGACGCGCGUGGACGGCGACGACGCAGACUUUUUGUUUUUUUACACUCCUUUUUCCUGCGCUCCCUGAAUGUAACAUGUUUUCUGGACCAUAAAUCUCCUUUAAACGUGGAUUCUGGGUUUAUUUAUUUUUUUAAAAAUUACAUUUAUUCUAUUUUUGUAUUUGUUAUUUUGUUUCUCGCGAGGAGGAGAAGCUGCAUUUCCCUCGCGGUUGUUAUGAAGACGUCUUCACUGCUGCUUUGUUAACAUGGAAGGAUCCAGCGGCUCCAGUUUUGGGAUAGACACUAUUUUAUCCAGCAGCGCUGCCGCCGCCGCCGCCGCCGCCUCUAAUAACUCUGUAACUGGUAACUGUAACGGUAAUAACGCGCAGGUGCUGAUGAACGGAGGGGACUUCCAGCGGACAGCAGCGGACUUCAGGAGCCGGGAAACACCGUCACCAUGCUCGGACAUAGACACUGUGGGAACUGCGCCCUCCUCUCCCAUCUCCGUCACUAUGGAGCAAAGCGCAGAGCCGCAUCUGGUGCAGGACCUUCAGCAUCACCUCCACCAUCAUCACCACCACCUUCACCAGCCGCCGCUCUCUCCUCCUCCUCUGUCUCAGCAGCAGCAGCAGCAGCCGCUGGCCGGAGCAGGAGCAGGUGGAGCAGGAGGAGCAGGCUGCGCCCCGAGGACUGCCACCUCCUCCUUCCUCAUCAAAGACAUUUUGGGCGACAGCAAACCGCUGGCAGCCUGCGCACCUUACAGCACCACCACCACACUGUCAUCCUCCACGUCCUCCUCACCGCCUCCACCUCCCCACCACCACCACCACCAUCACCUCCAUCACCACCACAAACCAGAAAGUGCCACGGCUCCGGACAGCGGCUUCAGGCCCAAGCUGGAGCAGGAGGAGAGCAGGAGCAAGCUGGACAAGAGGGACGACAUUCACAGCGAACUGAAAUGUAACGGGACUACAGAAGAGGGAGACCGGGAAAUCUCCAGCAGCAGAGACAGUCCUCCGGUGCGCUCGAAAAAGCCGCGCAAGGCGCGCACGGCCUUCACGGACCAUCAGCUCAAUCAGCUGGAGAGAAGCUUCGAGAGACAGAAAUACCUCAGCGUGCAGGACCGCAUGGACCUGGCGGCGGCGCUCAACCUGACCGACACGCAGGUCAAGACCUGGUACCAAAACAGAAGGACGAAGUGGAAGCGGCAGACCGCGGUAGGACUGGAGCUUCUAGCUGAGGCAGGAAACUACUCGGCCUUACAGCGAAUGUUCCCGUCGCCGUAUUUCUACCACCCGAGUCUGCUGAGCUCCGUGGACAGCACCACGGCGGCCGCGGCGGCUGCGGCCAUGUACAGCAGCAUGUACCGGACUCCUUCCGCGCCGCACCCGAGCCUCCAGAGACCGCUGGUCCCGAGGGUGCUCAUCCACGGGCUGGGGCCGGGGGGGCAACCGGCGCUCAACCCGCUCUCCAACCCGAUGUCUGGGACACCGCAUCCGCGAUAAACAAGCAAACACACACAAACAAGAACAACACAAAAUAAACAACUAUAAACAAACGACAAGGACGCAGGACGAUGACCGGACCUGGUCCAACACGUGACGAUGCGGAGAACUGCACCGGAACCGCAGCAGGACUUUUUUUCCUUCAUCCUGAAAUGAAAGAGACAUAAAAAAAGACGGUUUUAAAAAAAUAAGGAGCUUUUAUUUAACAUUUAGGCCAAAAACAAAAGCCUAAUAAAGACUUUGAUUCUGGCUCCGGAACCAACGGAAUCGGAAUCGGACUGGACCGAACCGAACCAGGCGAGAGGACUUGCUCAUGUCUGAUUGUUUGUUUGUUUGUCUUUUGUACAAAUACACUUACAUUAGCAAAUAAACUUAUAAAGUUUAUUAGAUGGAGAAGUGAAUGAAUAAAGAAGUAAAUGAUACGAAAAAAAUGGAACUCGCAGACGCUUUUCUAUUCCACAAAUUUGAGUCAAAAUUUUAAACAGGAAAAAAAAGAAAACAUUAAGACAUUUAAAUAGUAACUUAUGGAUUGUUGUUAUUUAUUAUUGAUUAUCAACAGGGCACUGCAUUAUUACAUUAAGGUCAUAUCAAUUAAAUCGUACUUUCUUAUUUAUGGAUAAGAGCUAAAACGUCUAUUCAGUCACAUAAUAUUAAUUAUAAUAUUAAUAAUAUUAACAAUAAUAAUAAUAAUACAAGUGGUGACCCCGGUUUGCUCUUUUUAUUGGGGUGACAUGAUUUUUUAUGACAUAACUGGAUCAACGUAAACAAUUAGCUAUCGGAGCAUAUGGUGUUUAAAUGGAAGGAUGUUUAAUUUAUUUUUUUUUCCUCUGAGUGGUGAUCACAGAGCGGAGGUCACUGCCUCCAUGUUUCCUCUCCGUCUUCGGCGCAUACAUAUGGAUGAUAACGCAGCAGCUGAUCGGUGCCGGUGGGUCGUGUGUGUGUGUGCGUGUGUGUGUGUGUGUGUGUGUGUGUGAGUGUGAGUGUGUGUCGGUGUCUCGGGUGUUUCGCUGGGAAUGCGGCCUUGGCUCAGCAGCUGUUCUCUGGGAGCAGCAGCAGCAGACAAUGAGCCUGAGUUUCUCAGCGUGUGAGCGAGAGCAGGAGAGGAAGAAGAAGAAAGAGGAGAGAAGAAAAGGGAAAGAAGGGAGAGAUAAUCUGCUCACAGUAGCUCUUGGUGUGAACUUGUUUCUGGAAGUUUUAGGAUUCAUUUAUUCCUUCAAAUUUAACAACAAAUAUCACUUUUUGUUGGUGCAUCCUGGUCCCUUUGCUUCACUUUAAUGAUCUAUUUUAUGAUUUUUCCGUCACUAAGGAUUUAAAGACGCUGCUUCAACAUGAACAAACACUGACCCGGACAGAAAUUAAACAUGAUCACAUUCUUUUGUGGUUCUUAUUUUUUAUUUUUUUUUAUUUAUCCUCCUGCAUAUAAGCGCGCGCACCCAGGAGAAUAAACCGAGGAGGCUCUGCGUGUGAAUUAGCGCCUCGGGGCUCGUUUCUUCUUCUUCUUCUUCUUUGAGCUAAAUCGACUUUUUCUGCUUCAUAAAAAAAGAGAAGGAGUCCAAACCUGUAUAUUAAAUUAAUUAGAGUUGUCAAUUUCAUUUUUUUAGUGUGUUUUUGCACAUUAUUUGAUGAUGAUGCUGGUAAUGCAGUUUUAACACUGCAGAAACCCACAGUGCGCAGUAGUAAUAAUGUCAUGUGUUUGUGCAGCAUGUAAACAGAGGCUUAACUGUAUCCGCCGCUUCCUAAUACUGGGAACACAUGUUAACGGAGCCCUGUGCAAAGCCGCCUGCGUGCACGUCAGUCACCGCGUGUAGACUCACAAACCCCGGUGCUCCCACAUUUCACAACAGUUGCUGCGCUGCUCGUUCAGCAGCAAUAAUGACAACGCGAUACAAUAUAAUGUACUUAUUUUACAGAGAGAGACAUCGGAAAUAAGCGGUUUGUGGAUUAUACGGAGCGACACCGUGCGCCAUGGCGCACAGGACGCGUCUGGAUCGGGAGGAUGAAACUUCCCUUUUCCAGCUUUGAUUGCAAAAGCACACAUGUACUGUAUAUAUAUACACACACAUGUAUUGUGUAGUGUCGUAAAAUAUUAGCCUAACCAUAUUGACCCUACAGCUUGUGCACAUUCACAGCAGCAGUUGUACAGCAGUGGCCCGACGCGUGUUGUGUUCAUAUGCAUGACUUCUACACGCCAUUAUUUAUUUAUUGCGCUCUGCGGGUGGGGAAAGGAAAGGAAAGGGAGGGGGUGUUAGAGGGUGGCGGUGGUUGUGCGGGCUGUUUUCCAAUUCAUUAAUAAUAAGCCACACAUACAUACAUGCAUGCAUGCAUUCAUAGAUACAGCAACGGUGAAUUAAUAGGCUUCUGCUGCAGCCGCCACCACACUCUCUUAUACCCACUAAUUUCAGGCCGUGCUUUUUUUCACCCUUUUUCCUCCAGCAUAAAGGUGCAGAUUUGAGGCGCAAAUGACUGCGUCAAGUAGUUUAAAGUCGCCCACAGUGAGUGUAAAUCACGACGGGACCAAGGAGGCUUGAUUUACAUGAGUUAUUUUUUCACAGUUAGUAAAAUAUUACUAUAACAUAUAUCAUUUAUAAAA